AUGUGAGGUGGAGCCGGAUGUGACGUCAGCGCCUCUGUGUACAGCAGCUGAUCGGAGCACUUCACGUCACCAUUCCUUAUAUUUUAACAGGGAAUGGGGAGAUCUGCUGCUCAUCUCAAAUAGCAGCGCAUGUAGAUAUUCUCAACCUGCACGAGGCCUGUUUGCUGCAGCUGAUUUACCGCAGACCUACCUGUUAUGCAAAGCUAAGUGGCUAGCCGUGACCGUCAGCAGGGUAGAUGAGCCUAAAGCACAGCUAGACAGUUAGGGGACGUCCCCAGCACCAUGACUGCGUAAGCCGCUCAGAGAAGUUUACAGAGCCAGACUGACCCCUUGUCUUUUUACAACUUAGUGCAGCUCAGUUCAUCUUGAGACCAUCUGGAACAUGUGGCUCAAACUGUUCUUUCUGCUGCUCUACUUCAUUGUGCUCUUCAUGCUGGCCAGGAUCUUUGAGGCGGUGGCCUGGUAUGAAACGGGCACGUUCGCGACUCAGCUAGUCGAUCCAGUGACUCUCAGUUAUAAGCGUCUGAAGACCAUUUUGGAGUGUCGGGGAAUGGGCUAUUCCGGACUGGUUGAGAAGGUGGACGUCAGCGAUCUGGUGGAGAAGUCAGGAGAGCUGACACAAGGGGAGCUGUACUCAGCCAUCAAGAAAGAGAAGGAGCAGACGGAGCCAGGAGAACCCAGCAACACACAUUUCAGUGGAGAGAUGCACUUCUAUGAAUUAGUAGAAGACACUAAAGAUGGGAUCUGGCUGGUUCAGGUCAUUGCCCAGGACCGAGAGGCUCUGCUCAGUAAGUCCAACUGGGCUAAGAUGGUGCAGAGAGUGUCUCAGUUUGGGAUAAGAACUGGAACCUUCAACUGCUCUAAUGACAACAGGUCAUGUAUCAAGCGUGGCUGGCAUCGCUCCACGCUCAUCAUGUCUGUUCCCCAGACUUCAGCGUCGAAGGGUAAAGUCAUGCUAAAAGAAUACAAUGGCCAUCAUAUUGAAAGUGAACACAUCUUCCGCUGGAUGACCUCGCAUGUGGCUCAUCGAAUCAAAACCCUGCAUCAGUCUGAGCAGCUGGUGGAAGAGUGGCGCUUUGACCCUGCCCAUCCAGUCAAGAUGUUUCUGUUCGCCCAUCUUUCCCAGCCCCCUGUUUUCUUCUCCUCGCUGUCCAUCAAGUUCACUGGCAGGAUUGAGUUUAUCUUUGUGGAUGUACGUCACUGGAGUAACGAUAGCAGCCUUCCAGAGAUCGGUGUGACACAUAGCCCUGCCUACAUCCUCAAGAUGCCUGAGGGCAUCUAUCGCUAUGGCAACAGUACGGGCGAGUUCCUGUCCUUGGCUGCCAUGGACACUUUCCUGCGUUCAGUCCAGCCAGAGGUCAAUGACCUGUUUGUACUUAGUCUGGUCCUCAUCAACUUGCUGGCUUGGAUGGAUCUCUUCAUUACACAGGGAGCAACAGUAAAACGAUUUGUAGUUCUGAUCCGAACACUUGGAACCUACAACUCCAUACUGCUGGUGUCCUGGCUUCCUGUUCUGGCUCUGCUCCAGUUGCCUCAUCUGGACACUCUGUAUGGUUACAGUUUGAAGCUGCUUCGUUAUGCUGACACCACUACACUGGCCAGCCUGGUGAGAGCUGACUGGACCUUUUACUCAUCCCACCCAGCCCUCUUCCUGUCUACGUACCUGGCCCAUGGCCUACUGGUCGACUACUUUGAGAAGAAACGCCGCUUUGGUGUCAGGAGCCGAGAGGACAGCACCACAAACCUGGAGUGGCUGGCCAGUCUGUGGGAAUGGUAUACUUCUUUUCUGCUCCACCCGAUUACAUCGCUGCAGCAGAUCCCAUCCGACCACUCAGACUGGGAAGAUGAUUCAAACUUUUUGUUUGAGCGUUUGUCUUUCCCUGAUCUCUGGCUUCACCCAUUAUUGAAUGUGGACUACAUUAAAGACCUCUCAACAUGGCGGUUCAGUGCAGUGAGGCAGUGCAGGGGGGGGUGCUCUGGUGGACAGCAGCAUGAAGAGACUGAAAGAUUACUUGCAGACACAGGGGAUUCUCCUCCUGCAUGUCCCAGCACACUUUCCCAUUGGACCAAAAGGUACAAGAGGUCACUGUGCAGUCAGGACAGCAGCAUCCAGCUAUGUGUGCACAGCAACAUGGACCCUUGCAGCAACCAUCAGUGUGUGUGUGACAGGGCAACAGAGGAUGGUCACCUCACACCUCAGUCUGUUUCUAACCAGCAUCUCUGUAAUUGGCCAGGGUGGCCUUGUGAUAUGCUGCAUUGCUCAGAAUGUGUGGUGUGUCUUGAGAACUUUGUGAGUGAUGAGCUGCUGAUGGGUCUUCCGUGUGGCCAUGCCUUCCACCAGCAGUGCAUUGUUGUGUGGUUGGCAACAGGCCAACACUGCUGCCCAGUGUGUCGCUGGCCCAGCUUCAAGAAGAAGCUGCAGAGAGGUGCACAGCUUACCACUGCUGAAAACACUCUGCAGGACUGAUGGUCUCCAUGGCCCCAUGUACUCCCACUGCUCACAGGUAGCUUGUCAACAUCACAGCUUGCUUGGAAUGAAGUUGAGGCAUGGAGGCAGUAAUGAGGGCUCUCGUUGUCAUGAACCAUCAAUCAUCUUGUUUCCAUUCCUGUUUUUAAGGUAAUGUGCUGGCCAUCACGGCAGACAGAUGAAAGCCUAUGAAUGCUAUGAAAGCCCAGUCAUAGCGUUCUCUGUAUAGAGAGUAUAGUGAUUCACACACUAAUCACAGGUGUAGUCUUUGUAAACUGUUCAGUUCAAUAAAAAUAAAUACAAAUUGUUCCUAUUCCUAUUCUGUUUUCAGGGCUGUGAGGACAGUAAAGAGUCUGUUCUACAUAGAAAUCAUCAGAGUGACUACAGGCAAGAAACUAAUUAUCAAACAAACUGCAAACAGCAAACACUUUCUUCUCUAUUCCUACAUCAUGACUCACUAGAAUUUCAGAAAGGCUCCGUGAUAUAUGAUCUUUGGCAAUAAUAUUGGUACAAAAAAGACAUACUCCUCCCCCUGCUAUUCAAACUACUGCCUUGUCUCCCCCCCUCUCAACAACUCUUUAUCUUAGCAGGUUCCCGGCCAUACCACUGUAAUUACUCUUUACUUUAACUAUGACUUAUCACAUUUCAUAGUUUGUAUCUCUAGUGCUUUUGAAAUGCAGCAUUUGAGCUGUGAUUCAUCCCUCUGAGAAUCCAAGCUAAUCAGUUUUUUUAUGAUUCUUGUUGUUAGAUAUGCUCUCACGAGUCAUAGUCAUUUCGUUUUGACUGACUUUCCAAAGACUUUCAGUCACUGUGCACUCAUGCUUUCACUUUUCCUUUGCAAAUCUUUAUGGUGAUUGACAUUAGGUGCACAGUAAGGCUGUUGCUGACUUAUGCAAUCGCUUCUUGCUCUUGAGCAGCUUGUUGCAGAAAAAAGGGGCCUGGUCACACAUAUGCAAAUGUUGUGGGUCAAAGUUCAACCUUCACUCAUAUUUGGAAGGUUGAAAUUCCUGACUGAAAAAGUUUGUCUAGAACCAUAUUUUUAAGGCUUGAGUUGGUGUAUAACCUGCUGAUAUUUGAACAUGACUGGGUACUCAUGCUAGUGCUACAUCUGUUAAUGAGCUAAUUAUUUUUCUGUUUGGCUCCAACAGAUUUUACCAUGCAGUUAAAAAAAAAACAGAUCUAAAGUUUCCAUAAAUAACUUAUCAACUUUAAGGUGCGAAGUGUAAUCUUUCAGCUCAAUCCUGUCAUCUUGCUGUGUGUGAAGGGAAAGAUAAGAAACAUGAUACAUAAAGCCGUAACACUCACUAAAAAUAAAAGUGUUUCAGAA